UCAAUUCAGAUGUGUGUUUAUUCCGCAUGUUGUUUUGCGACAAGAGUUUAAGUUUCUUUAAAAAAAAAUUUAUUUAGAAAAAUUAGUGAAAGUAAAAAGUAAACAAAAAUAGUGUGAAAUAUGUCGACAUCUUUAGCGGAACAAUUGCGUCGUUUGAAAACGCCUCAAACGACUUUGUUGGUUGAUAGCAAAAAACGUGCAUCGAUUUUGUUCAAUCCAAAGGAAGCGGCUGAAAAGGAUCGUGAAACUAUUUUCGAUAUUGGUUACAGUGGUUUUGAAGAGUUAAUCAAAUUGAAUCCGGCCUUUUUGCAAUUUGAAUCGUCACUUUUCGAUAAAAAUGCACGUGAAUUUCAACGAGCCGUAGAAAACAAGGACAUAAACCGUCAAUUGAAAGAAGUGAUUAAGAAAUUUCUCAUUCAUUUAUCGCCUUAUUUGCUGUUGCAACCUUCACAUAAAUGCUUGGAAUGGUUAAUUCGUCGUUUCAACAUCAAUUUAUAUGAAAAGAGUGAAUUUAUGAUGUUGAUUUUACCAUAUCAUGAAACGACAAUUUUUGUGAAAUGUCUUCAAACAAUGAAUGUAAGCGAUGUAAAUGAUUUAUGGCAUUGGUUGGAGCCGGUGAAGAAAAACGGAGUUCCGUUAUCAAAACAAGCACUGUUGAAUCGAGUGGGCAGCGAUAAUUUUCUUAUGUCGUUCAUUUGCGAAUCGAUUGUUUAUGCGGUGAAUGAGCUUGACACACGGUCACACACGCUACAAGUAUACUAUGCAUUCUUCUGCACAUCGAUCAUUGGCGCAUUGGAUGCUGUUAAAAUCAAUGAAUCACACAUUACAAACAUUUAUGGAGCCAUCCGAAAGGGUAUCAAAUCAACGUCGAUCGACUUUUGUGCUGCUUCUCUCAUGAUUAUCGGACAAUUGGUGAAUAAAGUGAAGCUAAAACGCGAAAUAUUGGAAUCAUUCGUUAAUAUGCUGCUUGAACGAGUAUCGCACGCUAAAUUGCAACAGGAUGUCAUCAUUUUGCUGGUGCUUAUUUAUCGCAAUCAGAGCGAAACUAUUGGAGAUAUUUCCCAAGAAUGUCUCACCAAAUUACUAGUGAAUACCAAGUGGUUACCACCAGUUUUGGCGAAGAUUUACACCGAGAACGUCAAUAUUUUACCAUUUUACUUGCCACUUCUGUCGGCUUGUCUCAAGCACGUUCAGUUAAAAUCAGGCAGUUGGAAGAAAUGUCGUAAAUUCUGCGAUGCACUGCUUUCGGAGAUUUUCUUUAAACCAGAACAUGCUGAAAGUGUCAUUCGCUGCACGUUGGACUCGUUUAUUUUAACUGAAAAAGUUGACGACACCAUCAUUGAAAUCGAAUCGGGCAACGAAGAUGAGGAUAUGGAAGGGACUGAUAAAGGUAUCACCACCUGGUAUACCAACACAUUAAAGGCACUUGAACGUCGCUAUCCAACCACAUUCGAUGCGAUUGUAAAAGAGAUCGUUCGAUCAGACAACAAAUCGAUGAGUGAACUGAAAAAGCGUUCACUAAAGAAGGUAUUGAGCUUCUUGUUCACCAUCGUUUGUGCCGAUGACAAUGUGAAUCUAUUCGAAAAGUUAUACCAUUACAAUGCUCAGCAACGUGUUGAAGCCAUAAAAUACUUGGUGAAAAACUUGAGCAAAAUGAGUUUUUCAGACGAUAGUAAGAGUUUGCUGAAGGGCAGCAUUGCGGAACGUCUUAGCGAUGAUUCUCCAUUGGUUGUAAAAGAAGCGCUUAAAUUCAACAAUUCGGCUUUGCUUCGGUUCAUGAAUAAAGCUGAACUCAUUAAGAAAUACGUAAGCAUUUUGGAGCAAACACUAAAAAAGCCAAAAGUAUGGGAAGAUACCGCAUUGGAGGCAGUCAAGCACUUGGGUGACCUAUGCUCAAAAAAUUUCCCCAUUGAGAUUUUGGUGGCAAUUUUACCGUUGUUAUUACAACCAUCGGAACUUAGUGUUGGAUUUUUGCGUAAGAUUUUCAUUUCUGAUUUGGCAAAUCAUGUAGAAUUGAUUAAAGCAUGCAAAGAUGCAACGGCGGGCACUGGCGAUAAUAAGGAAGCUAUGACAUCGGCCAUCUUGAGAGUAUUUGAGUCGAAAAAAGGUCUACCGCAAAUUGGACACAUUUUGAAUUUCAUUAAAUCAACCAGUGACGAGGAUCUAUCGCUGAACAAAGCAUUCUAUGCUAUGCUAUUGCUCUUCCAUUCAUUUAACGUCGAGAAACCGAAUCCAUUGCAUUUGCCGGAAAUUUUGAAUGUAAUCGAACGAUUUGAAAAGCAAUUUAAAAUGGGAAACUCAGACAGUGCCAAAUGGCCAAGUUCGGUGGCUAAAGGACGGUAUCCUGUAAAUAUUCAUAUUGCGUUCAUCAAAAAAAUCAUUGACACACAAGCGAAAAUUGUACAAGACCAAUUCAAAGGUAAAUUUAUUGAAUUCAGCAAACCAAUGACCAAUUUAUCUUUGUUGCGUCAAAUUUUUGAAUAUUUUAUUGCGCAAAUGAGUCGCCGUCAGUCGAAAUACGCAUUGUUUGAGGAUGGUUUGAAACAUUUUAUCGCAAAAUUAUUUGACGAUCCGCAAAAAUGCAUUGAAUAUCUGUCAAAUUACUAUACAAUCGAUGUAUUAUAUCCGGAACCAAACAAUUUGGCACCCAGCACCAUUUCGAUUGAACAUCAAGUGUUCAUCAUCAACUAUGUGAAUUCACUCAUUCAAACCGAAGAUGGCGUUCUUCAUGGUGUUCAAGUUCAAUUGCAACCAUUUGUUCGUAUCAUAAAUGCACUUCGAUCACCGAAUAGUGAGGUUAGAGAGGCAGCCUACGACACAUUUGUCAUUCUCAAAUCAACCGAUCAGCCGAAAUUCAAGACUUUGAUUUCAAAACUUGUUCGACGUCAAAGUGAAAUUUUAAUGGAUGACAAUCAAUUGCCGCUGAUUUUAUUCAAGAUUUUCGAUAAGAAACCAUCAACCGACCUUACCAAUAAUCUAAUGGAAUUUAUGGAAUACAUUGCAACGUCUAAUGACAAUGAAUUUUUGGUGGCUCAUCUCUUGGAGGCACUUACCCAUGUCAAUAGCGAAGAAAUUCUCAAAUCCAUUGUCAAUAUUGCCAUGGAUAUUUUGACAGCUGCCAAUGAAGAGAUGGAGAAAACGGCAAAGAAAGUUCUCUGCUUGGAUCACUUCAAAUCGACCAUUAUUCGAAAUAUUCUAUCACGUUACACUCAACAAACGAUUAAACUCAUCAAAAAAUUGUCAUGUCCAUGGCAAGUUUUGCUUAAGGCGGCCGAAUCGUAUGGUGUAUUGUUAAAGGGAAAAUCAAAAGAGACACCAGUCACACACGUUAUUGUAGACGUAUUCAAUGAUGAUCUGUUCAACGAAUUGUCUGAGGCAAAUCAACGUCAAUUCAUUGCUGCAUUAGUUAACAGCGCUACAUAUGCUGAAAACGCUGGAUUGUACACAAAUAUUAGCAAAUUUUUCAAGCAAAUUCAAUUGAAUGGCCGCAUUUGUGUGGAAAUUCUUGACGAAAUGGCCAAAACAGAUCAAUUUGAACGAAUGGAAGUGGAUGAAGUGCCGGCAACGACACGACAACGUCGUAGUUCACAGUGUGCCAGUGAUGGUGGUGCUUCGGCCGAACUAUUGAAAAUGAAAUCAUGGAAAAGAGGCGUUACAUGGCUAGAAUUUUUACAAAAUAAAAAGAAUAUUAAUGAUCCACACCGUAUGAUUCCAUCGUUGUUUGCCGUACUACAAAAGUGUCUUCAAUUUGAAGAUCAAUCGAAUGUGGAAUAUGUGAAACAACUAUCAUUGGCCUGCCUCUAUCAUCUGUGCGUCAUCAUUGCUCCAGAGGGUAAAGUUCAAAGCAAUUUGAUUUCGGAGAAAAACUUCAAAAUCGAACCGGUCGUUCAGUGCAUUCGAGGCACACAAAAUCCACAAACACAUCACCAUGCACUGCAAUUGCUGUCGCAUUCAGCAAAAAUGUUGCCGGAACAAGUUCUGCAUAAUAUGAUGGACAUUUUCACCUUCAUGGGUUCGUCUGUGGUUCGUCAUGACGAUGUCUACAGUUUCCAAAUAAUCACGAAUAUCAUUUCAUCGAUUAUUCCAACAUUAACACGAGUGAAUGAAAAUAAAUCCGAGGCUGAACGCAAUGAGCUUGUAAUUCCAGUGUUGAAGGUAUUUUCCGAUAUCAUUCUCGACGUGCCCGAGCAUCGUCGCCUGCCACUAUACAAUAAACUCUUGGACACUCUGAAUGCUGACAAUUAUCUCUGGAUGUUCUUAACAAUUCUGAUCGAGAACUACAUAACGCAUCAUCAACCAGAAGUUGAGAAAACAAUUCGUCAGCCAUCUACAUUGGCCGUUGAAUUGCCACAACGAAUUGAAAUUGCAUUGGCUUUGGCCAAAGAGUUCGAUGCAAGAACCAUCAUAGUGACAGCAACAAAAAUGAUUGGCUUCCUACAGAAGAUGCCAGUCAAUAAGCCAACGAAUGAAUCGGAAAAAAUACCCGCCGAAAUAUCAGCACUGUUCAAUAUAAAUGCAUGGUCAAAGAGACAAUUCCGUCAUUUCAAAUACGAAACGCUUAAAGUCAUAAACACACUAACAUCGUCCGUUGAUUUUGUAAAUAAAGUGGCUGUACUGAGUGACGAUGAAGCUGCAAGCAUAAAGGAACACUAUCAAAAUGCAAUAAUCAACGUUUUAACAUACAUUCCAAUCAUAUCGAAAGCAACCGAAGCUGAAAAUUCACAUGCAGACUAUUGGAAGGCACUGCUUCAUAAUUGCUUUGACAUUUUGGAAAAUGUUAUCUCGUUGCUAUCAUCAAAUGUGCUAUUGGUGGUUGUUCACGGAUUGCUGUCGCAUAAAUUGUCCAGCGUACGACGUCGAGUCAUUGAACUAUUGAUAAACAAGUUACAACACAAUCCAGAGAUAUUCAGCAAGGAAAAUGCAAAAGAUUUGGUUUCAUUGUUGGAACCACUCACGAAAAUCAUUGAGUCAAUCAUCGAUGAGAAAAAACUUAUGCAAAAUGCAUCAUCCAUUGAAAAUACGGCCAUUCAACAAAUGGCACUGAUGGCUGUAAAACUACUUAGCAAACAAUUGGCUGAAAAGCAUCCAAAAGAUUUCAAGUAUAUUGUUGAGACUCUCAUCGAUAUUUUGCGCAAAAGUGAAAAAGUGCCACGUAUCUUAUUGGCCACCGUUUUGUUGUGUCUAUGUGAGAUUUGUGCCAAUCUUCGUGUGCAUUCGAUUGCAUAUUUACCAAGUUUUAUGAAAAUUUUCUUGGAAAUAUUGAAGGGAUACACGAAACCGGAAAAUGUUUGCAAUGACGGUAGUGUAUUGAUUUAUUUCGUGACUGGUUUAUUAAAAAUUGUCGGAACAUUGGCCCUAUACAUGAGCCCAUAUCUUGUCGAAAUGAUAGUUCGACUAUCACAAAUUUGGUGGAAUAUCGAAACCGAGGCAACCAAAGAUCCGAAACGUUCAUUUGUUAUCGAUCGAUUGAAUGGCAUUUGGGAGAAAUUGUCAACAACAUUGGAAUUGCGUAUUUUAAUUCCAAGCAUUGACCAGAGUUACAAGCGUUUGGUGAACGAUGAGCAAAGUAUUGCGAUUGGACCGUUGAUGUUGCUUCUAACACAAACAUUUGAACAACAAGCAGCUGGAAAUAUUUCACGUUUCAUGCCGGACAUAACGUCAUUCUUCAUUACAGCACUUCAAUUCCGUUCCGAUCAUGCCGACAUCGAAUUGGCCACUUUGAAUAAACUUGAAGAUAAAAUUGUCAAAUCCUUCGGUGCAUUGACAUUGAAAUUGUCUGAAGGAAGCUUCCGACCGUUGUAUUAUCGCAUCUACGAUUGGGCCAUAAAACAAAAUAACAAAGAUCUUGACCAUACCAUCACAUACUUCCGAUUGUCCAUCGAAAUUGCUAAUUCGCUGAAAUCUUUGUUUGUGCUCUUUGCAAAUGAUUUCAUCGACGACAUUCCUGAACUGCUGAACAAAUCAUUGGCUUCGGAAUUCACAAAACCAAGCGAUGUUCUCGUUGCCAAAACAAGCCUUUUGAUCGAAGGUGUUAUAGAGACACUUUAUCAAGUAUUUUUGCAUGAUAGUCGUGGUUUUAUAAAUGGAGCUCGUUUUGAAGCAAUACUUCAACCGCUGGUCGAUCAAAUCGAGAACCAAUUUGUUCUGGAUUCACCGAAAUUGAUGAACUUGGUUUCAUUAGCAUUGGCACAACUUGGACAGGCUGUCAACGAUGAUAUUCAAUGGAAACAAUUGAACUAUCAAAUCUUGAUGAAGACGAGAAAUAACGAAUCACGCAUACGACUCUUCGCCUUGAAAGUUGGUGUGGCUUUGGCAGCCAAACUUGGAGAAGACUAUAUGCCACUGCUACCGGAAACCGUGCCAUUCAUAUCUGAGCUAUUGGAAGAUGAAAAUCCGGAGGUGGAAAAACAAUGUCAAUUGAGUGUACAAGAACUCGAAAAAAUUCUUGGCGAACCACUACAAAAAUACUUUUAAAUCUGAUCUUCGUUUUCGAACGAGUUGUUUUUUUAUUUCAAUUUAAUUACAUUUUUUAUUGUAUUUCGUUACAUACAAUAAAAAAAAUCAAAUAGUUAGUAAAAAAUAAAUUUCGUUUAAUUUUCACUGUCAUUAAUCGUUAUCGGUCACAAAAUGAAUAACGAAAAAAAAAAACCAAAUGAAUCAAAGUAGAAUAUUCUGAAUGAUAUGAAUUGAAUUCAACGUCAGUUCAUAUGUCCACCGGAGACACUCUCUUAUCACGAAAUCGUGCAGGUAAUCACCUUUGUUUGAGAAAUAUACGACCAU